AUGAUUGAAAACUGUGCAUUGUGCAUUGGAUGCUCGUUGAGGAAAGCACCUAGGACAGAAAUUGAUGUGACCUGUGAUUUCGCGAACGUUUCUCGUAUCGGAAAACUUCUGUAUGAAUAUGGUCUUGGCUACGAGAUCACCAUCAAUGCGUUGUUCAUGGAUGUCUUUUUAACUGGUUUUCCCAAAAGGCUUUUGGUGGCUGUAUUCGUAGUAAUAAUUUUAGCCAUGUGCAUAACGCCUAAUGAAGCUCGCUCGAUUGAGCACAGGAGACGGCAUCAAAGACGGCAGCCAGUCGCCGCGGCACAACUUACCAAAGAUUUAUCAUCGUUCAGACGACCAAAAAAUCCCACAGUAGAGAGCUAUAAGAACGCGACUAGGAAAAUAAAGCACAAGCUAAGAAACACGAAACGAUUCUUCGAUCAAAACAAGAGGACGCUGAAUGAAACGAGAGAGUACAGGGACGGGAUGCCGAGUUGGUUGCCGACGGUCAAUUUCGUGGACAUUCACUUCCAUGACUAUAGGGCUGCAAGGAAACCUGGGAGCUCAAUUACCGAACGAAAGUUCACCUAUCUGAUGCCGAAGCUAUACAAAACCCUCAAAGAAUACGAAGUAAUCUUCAAAAGACUAAGAAACGUCCAGCUGGACUUAUCCGACGACCCGUUCAACAACUAUGUUGUGAUACGGGAAAAACUACUCGACGACACUAUAAACAGACUUCGUAGCACCAUCGCUGAAAUAACGGAAAACAUGAUCGCCGUGAACAUGCCAGUUCCGCCCUUCGACAGAAACAAAAUGAAACUGGACACUUUGGAGAUGAAAGUCGACGCGACGCAAUGUCUCAAAAACGAUUACAUUGCGUUUAGGGGGUACGGGAAUUUACUUAACAAUUGGUACUCGGAAUUCAGAUGUCCGUUAAGCAAGAAAAGUGACAAGAAAUGCGGCGCCUUCCACGCGAAGUUGCUAGAAAAGAGAGGCAAUAAGCGGCUCAGAAAUAAAAUGACUUCGAGUUGA